GCCGUUUAAAGUAAGGAUUUGUGUACAAAAUCAACAUUAUAACGCCAUCAAUGGUUGAAAUGCAAACAGUACCUGUAGAUUUAUGUUACUCUCAACCCACCUUCUACAGACUUUGCGGGAAAAAUAAAUGUAUUCCAUGGCGUCAGAAAUGCCCUUGCAAUGAACUAUCGGAGUUCCAAUGUACACUUGGAAACUGUAUUCCUCUAGAACUGAAAUGCGAUGGAUUAAGGCAUUGUUUGUAUGGUGACGAUGAAGAAAAUUGCUACAUGGAUAACAAAACUGAAGCAACAGAAAAACGCAUAAGUGCAACAACUGAAAGUUAUGAUAAAGUCAAAUCGGUCACAGAGGAUGGUUUAUCAGCUCCACUUGUAGUUAUAAUUGCGUCCGUCUGUGUGUUCGUUUGUAUACUAAUGGUAUUCCUGUUGUAUUUAUUCCUUGCAAGGCGACAGAAAAACAACACAUCCAGAGAAUCACAGUCAGCGACACAACCACUUCGUAAGAGUUACAUAACAUCAGAUUCAGAGGCUGUCAGUUUGGCCAUACCAGCAAAACACUGCUCUAAUGAAAAGACAUACACAGCACGGAAACCAGGAGCAACUGACUAUUUACCAGUGAGUGUUCAAAAUGACCAAGCCGAGUACCAGAUAGAUAAUCACGUGAUACACUAUGAUGACGAAUCAAAAUAUUCUAGCGCUAAACACACUCAACAUGAAUAUAACAAAAGAGGGAGAACAAACUUAGCCAUAAAUCCUGGUGCUGAAAUAUAUACUAUUGAUCCUUCAAAUGAAUCUAAAGUCAGUGGUUUAGGAAAGUAUACGUUUAAACCGAGAUUAAAGUAUUUGAAAAGUAAACCUUACGAUGAAAUAGAUGAAAAAGAUAGAGAAAAAUUAUAUGUAAUAAAUAGUUAUAAACAUUGCUCUGGUAAAAGUAUUGUACCAGAGACUUUAACAUUCGACAAGGAUCCCCAGAAAUUUUCAGACACAUUUGCAACAGACUUAUUGUGCUCUUCUACGCCAAGACAACCAGUGAGACACUCCAUGCAGAAUAACUUGAGGAAUUCAUUGGAAAGCAUAGCUUCUCUAAGUGACGUGGAAAUAACAUGAGUAUUUAUAAAUGUCCCACGCACAACAACACC